AGGUCUUAAAUUUGAUAUUAUGAUAUUGGCAGAGACCCUGUUAAACCAAUAAUGAUUGUCUUUCUUUCUUGCUUUUCUAGGGCUUGCGGUCAUUCUUGAUGAGGAGGAAGAUGCUCUCUUCAGGGCUAGCCCGGCUGUCAAAGGUAUGAAAUACUUCAAUUUCUGCUUUAUGAUCUACUGAUUAUUAAUAGAUAUUGACAUUUAACCAUGAUACUGAUAUAAAUAUAUACUUAUACGGUUUCUGCCCUUUUCUUUUUUUUUCCACAGUGCCUGACACCGCCUCACAGACUCCAACUCCUGCUGAUAUUUCCACUGGCCCUCAGACUGGCACAGUUUCAGAGACCAAUGUUCCCUCUGAGACUGCCACUGAGGAAACCAUUGCUGUUGAAGUCAGCAUCACCCCGGAACCAACCCCUGCCUCUCAAACUGGCUCUUCUUCAAAGACUGAGGAUUCUUCUGAGGAAUCGACUGCCGUUGAGAGCAGCACCACCGGUGAAGCCAACACUGCCACUCAAACUGGCUCUUCCUCAGAGACUAAAGAUACUUGUGUCACAGUAUCGGAGGAAUCGACUGCCGUUGAGAGCAGCAACACCGGUGAAACUACCAAAGAUUCUCAGACUGGCUCUGUGUCAGAGACCGACAUGUCUGAGACGGCCACUGAGAAAACCACUGCUGGAGAAACCAGCACCACCACUGCCGAUGAGAGCAGCACCACCUCUGAAACAACCGAAGGUUUGAAAGUACCUGAGACUGCUACUGCCUCGAAGACCCCUGUUGAAAAUUCCACUGGCCCUCAGACUGGCAGAGUUUCAGAGACUGAUGUUACCUCUGAGACUGUGACUGAGGAAACAACAACCAGCUCUGCCUCUUCCUCAGAGACUGAAGAUACUUGUGUCACAGUCACUGAGGAAUCGACUGCCAGUGAGAGCAGAACCACCGGUGAAGCCAACACUGCCUCUCAAACUGCCUCUUCCUCAAAGACUGAAGAUACUUCUGUCACAGUCACUGAGGAAUCGACUGCCAGUGAGAGCAGAACCACCGGUGAACCCCACAGUGCUUCUCAGACUGGCACUGACUCAGAGACCAAUGCUCCCUCUGAGACUGUCACUGAGGAAACCACUGCUGGAGAGAGCAGCACCACAUCUGAAGACACCACUGCCUCUCAAACUGGCACAGUCUCAGAGACUGACGAUACUUCUGUCGCAGUCACUGAGGAAUCCACCGCCAAUGAGAGCAGCACCAUCGAUGAAACUACCAGUGAAUCUCAGACUGACACUCUCUCAGACAGCGAUGUUACCUUUCAGACAGUCAUUGAGACAGCCACUGACCAAGAUGCCACCAACAACGGAUAUGAAAUCGACAAUAUUUUGGACAUAGUAAAUACCGUUGAUUUGUUAUCUGAAGAGAGACUAUUAAUGAUAGCAAAAUCAGCACAUGAUGCAACAUCACCAAUACACCGUGGAAGGACACUGUUUCAGAGGAGGAGAGAAUAUGUGAAACACUCAGUCAUGGUUACACAGAGGUUACAUAUGAGGUUGCCAGUACCAGUGAGUCUACAACCGAUUCUGAGGUUACUUGCACUCCUGGGAAUUUCACUGCCUCUGAAUCCUCCAGUGCCCACCAGACUGGCUCUGCAUCAUAAAGUGAGCUUUCCUCUGAGACAGUCACUGAGAAUAAUGGUGUCACUGAGGCCAGGACCUCAUCUGAAACCACCACUGACCCUCAGCCAGCCAGCAUCUCAGAGACUGGGAUUACCUCAGAGACAGUUGCUGAGAAUAACGACGAUAUUGCAUUUGAGAAUGCCAACCUCAAUGCGUCUACAACUGUCUCUGAGAUUAAAUCUUCCAUUGACACUGCCGAUAACACCAAUGUCACUGAGACCAAUACUGCUCCCGAAACCACUACGGCUCAACAGACUGGAAGUGCCCCAGAGAGUGAGUUUAACUCUAAAGAAGUCACUGAGAACACCACUGAAAGUGAGACCAGCACCACCUCUGGAACCACCACUGCCCCUUAGGCUGUCACUGUCUCACAGCGUGAGAUUACCUCUCAGUCAGUUACUGAGAAUCUCGCUGUCAAUGAGACCACUAUUGACAUCACCUCAGAGACAGCUACUGAGAGUGACAACAGCAUUAUAUUUGAGGUUGCCACUACCAUUAAGGCUACAACUCUCUCUGAGGUUUCUGGUACCCCUGAUACAGCCCCAGAGACCAGCACUGCCCCUGAGACCAGCACUGCCCCUGAGACCAGGACUGCCCCUAUUGAAACCAACAGUGCCCCUACUGAGUCCAGGACUACCUCUUCUGAGACCAGCAGUGAUCCUUCUGGGACUAGGACGACCCCUAAGACCAGCAGUGCCCCUUCUGAGUCCAGGAUUGCCUUUCCUGAGACCAGGACUGCCUCCCCUAAGACCAGUUGUGCCUCUAAGACCAGUAGUGCCCUUAAGACCAGCAGUGCCCUUUCUAAGACCAUCAGUACCCUUUCUGACACCAGCAGUGCCCUUUCUAAGACAAGGACUGCCCCUCCUCAGAUCAGGACCACCUCUCAGAUUUAUGGGACUGAUGCGGUAUCUGAGAUGACAUCGCCCCGCAAUGCGACAGUGUCUUUCAGAUUGACACCGUCUCCAGUGACAUUACCUUUCACGCUGAAAACACCAACACAGUCUCUGAGAUGGACACUGCCACAUAUACGUCUCACUGUCUGACAAGUAUUUCCCGGUGGAGGAAGGACCACCUUCAAUGAUUAACCAAAACUUUACCAUACAACUGAGAAGAGGAAGAAGUCGUGCCACUGUUCUUUUGCUCACCGGGCUCUUCUCCCUCACAGAUGUCAGCCGCCCUUCCAUACUGUAGCAGACGGCGGUCGAGUAUCAUCAUGGCAAGCUCUUCCAGUGCUCCUCACUCACGGUGCCUGGCCAGAGCACUUAAUUGGUGGAUGGUAUUCCCCCGUCUCCAUAUGGAAGGUAAUGGCUUCUCUACCACAUAGGUGGCAGCAAGAGCUCGUACCUUUGGUCUUCCUGCUUGUCCCCAUCAUGGUGGACAGGACUUAGACUUGCUUGAACGGUGGUGACUCCCUUGUGCCCUCUCAGAUGACAGUCGCCCUUCCAUUCUGUGGUAGACGGUGGUCGAGUAUGUUUCUUUUACUCCUCCGUCUCCAGAUGGCAGGUGAUGGUUUCUUUGACUCGCCAACAAGGUGUGCCUCCUUCCUCCCGGGCUUCAGGAUGACAUGCUGAGAAAAGAACUGUAUAUAUUGUGUGUAUAUAUUGAAAAAAAAUGUAAAAAUACAUGAAAACCUUGAAACAAAUAAACUGGAGGAGAUGGGGUGGUGGUGGGCCUCCACAAACUGGCGACAGCCUCAUUUUUUUACCAAAAUACUCUAUAUAUGUGUAAUAUAUAAAUCAGAAGGCCACAUCUCAAGCAUCUGCAGAAUUGUUUGUUAAGGAAUUGCCAAACUAUGACAAUGGUAUCAAUGUAAUUAUUCAUGCUUUGAUGACCUCUCGGUUAGAUUGGUGUUAUGCAUUAUUAGGUGGUCGCCCUGUAAGCAUAAUAAAUAACUAUCUAGAUUUAACACACAUCUCUUUUGUAAUUUGAAUGGCAUCUACCCUGAUGUUAGUCUGUUUUUCCUUAUCCCGAGGCCAACAUAAUCUUGGAUCCGGCCUGUAUCCAGAGCAGAUGGUUAUCGCGGGCAUUGAGAGCACAAGACUGAUUCCUGCAGAGACCCCAGUGACAUCCUUGAACCUGCACCUGCUCCACAACUGAUGCUCAUUGUGGAGUUUUGGUUACCUGCCGUGGUCACCUCUGGCUUGUUUGUUUGGGGUCGGCAGAACUGAUCUUCAAUGUAUCAUCCUUCAACAGUGACAUUUGUAAUAAACAGAACUGAAAUAAACUGAAUCGAGCUUUAUUUGUUUUCAAUUGGAAUGAAUGAGUAGACACUAAAUAGAGCAUCGCUUUUAGAAAAAGAAAAAAACUACUACUGAAACUAACAAAAACUAAACUAAUUUCAUAAUAUUGAAACUAAUACAAAAACUAGUAAUUCUGCCUCUAAAGCUAAUUUAAAAAGAGCU